GUGGCGAGAUGCGGCGAGUGCUCGCGACCGCUGGAGACGGAAGUGAUUGCUUCCGGCCGGCAGCGCUGCGUGCGCUGCGCUGGGCCUGUGGCGCCGACGAAGCUGGAAGCAGCGGCAGGAAGCCCUUCGGAAGGCUCCGAGAGCUCUGAGAGCGCCUCGUCCGAGGAAGACUCAGAAAUUGCGGUGCCCGCGAAGAAGGCUCUGCUUAAGCCGAGGAAAGAGGAUCCAGCCGAAGUGAAGACAGCUCCCAAGAAGCCGGAGCUGAAGAAACGAAAGUCCUUCGAGGAGAAGGAGGCCGAAGCCGCAGACAGGUUUAAGGCCAAGCUCGCGAAGUUCCAGGAGGACCAGGAAAGAAGACGGAUCAAGGAAGAAGUCUCCAAAAUGAAAAAGCAUGUCAAGGACAAGAAAAAAAAGAAAAAGGAUAAGAAAAAGGACAAGCUGAAAGGCAAGAAGAAGAGCAAGAACGACUUGUGCGAGUCAGAGUGA